AUGGAACUAGGGAAUGACACACAGUUUUCAAAAUUUCUUCUUCUGGGACUUUUGGAGGAACCAGAAUUGCAGCCCCUCAUAUUUGGGCUUUUCCUCUCCAUGUACCUGAUCACUGCAUGUGGAAACCUGCUCAUCAUCCUGGCCACCAUCUCAGACUCCCACCUGCACACCCCCAUGUACUUCUUCCUCUCCAACCUGUCCUUUGCUGACAUUGGUCUUACCUCUACCACUGUCCCAAAGAUGCUGGUGAAUAUCCAGACCCAGAGCAAGGUUAUCACCUAUGCAGGCUGCAUCAACCAGAUAUUCUUUUUCCUACUGUUUGCAGGGUUGGACAUCUUUCUGCUUACCAUAAUGGCUUAUGACCGGUAUGUGGCCAUCUGUCACCCCCUGCACUACACGGUCAUCAUGAACCCUCGACUCUGUGUGUUGAUGAUUCUGGUGUCCUGGAUUAUGAGUGUCCUGCAUUCCCUGUUACAUAGCGUAAUAGCAUCAUGGCUGUCCUUUUGUACAGAUUUGAAAAUCUCCCACUUUUUCUGUGAACUGAAUCAGGUGGUCCACCUUGCCUGUUCUGACACCUUUCUUAAUGACAUGGUGAUCUAUUUAACAGCUAUGGGCAUAGCUGGCAGUUCCCUCACCUAUGUCUUUUACUCUUAUUCUAAGAUAGUUUUCUCCAUUUGUGCAAUCUCAUCAGCUCAGGGGCGGUAUAAAGCCUUUUCCACCUGUGCCUCUCACCUCUCAGUUGUUUCCUUAUUUUAUUGCACAAGCCUAGGUGUGUAUAUUAGAGCUAGUGCUACCCACAGCUCACACUCAAGUUUAACAGCCUCAGUGAUGUAUGCUGUAGUCACCCCCAUGCUGAACCCCUUCAUCUACAGUCUAAGGAACAAAGACAUAAAGAGGGCUCUGAAACCAUUAUUCACAGGAAAGGAAUAA